AGGCUGGCGUCCCACCAGCGGAAGUGCACACGUGGCAUCUCCAGGGCCCUGGGGGAGGGAGGAGGUUGGUAUGUGGUGUCGGUUCCCCAUUGGUCUGGGCCAAGUGUCCCGUGGAGGCCCCCACUGCACACCUGCACCUCAACCACAGUCCUCACUUGCUGAGCCGGCUCCAGAGGCCAUGAGGCUGCUACUGCCGUUGCUGGUGCUGCUGCUGCUGCUAGGAGCCUGGGCCAUCCCAGGGGGCCUUGGGGACAAGGCCACACUCUCAGCCACUGCCCCACAGCUAGAUGAUGAGGAGAAGUACUCUGCUCACAUGCCUGCUCACCUGCGCUGUGACGCUUGCAGGGCUGUGGCCUACCAGAUGUGGCAACAUCUAACAAAGGCAGAGGCCAAGCUCAAUAACCCCGACUCCAGGGGGCGGCAGGAGCUGACCGAGUCAGUUUACACGGACGUCCUGGACCAGAGCUGCUCCCAGAACUGGCAGGACUAUGGAGUCCAAGAACUGAACCAAGUGAAACGUCUGGUGGGCCCAGGCCUUCGCAAGGGGCCAGAGCCAAGCAUCAGCGUGAUGAUCACAGGGGGCCCUUGGCCCAUCAGGCUCUCCACCACAUGUUUUCACUAUCUGGGGGAGUUUGGAGAAGACCAGAUCUAUGAAGCCCACAAACAAGGCCUAGGGGCUCUGGAGGCCCUGCUGUGUGGAGGACCCCGAGGGACCUGCUCAGAGGAAGUGCCAGUCACAAGGGAAGAGCUCUAGUCUUCUGAUGAACAUGCCUUUCCCUGAAGAGAAGCUGAGGCCUCGUCUGGAUCCUCACAUUCCUUCCUGCUGCUGCCUGAGGACAGGGAGGCCUGCUCUGUGUGCCACUCCCUCUCCCCUCCAGCUUUGGGGCAUUAGGGUCUGGUGUGUGUGGGGGGGGGCAAGCUUUCCCCUCUAGAUUCAAAUAAACCCAGUGACCUCA